CGCUUCAUCGCCAUCUCCGCAUUCUUGUCGUUAAUCCAUUCUACAAUUUUCGCCGGCGAUAACUCUAAUACAUCUUCCCGGUACCGAUAGAAAAUGGAUGUCGAUAGUUGGCAAUGGGGAUUAGCCUUUGAUCAGUGGGUAGCAUUGCCGGUUUCUGGUUCUCGACCGCCAGCUCGAUAUAAGCAUGCUGCAGCGGUUGUUGAUCAGAAACUGUACAUUGUCGGUGGAAGCCGUAAUGGCCGGUAUCUCUCUGAUGUUCAGGUCUUGGACCUUAGCAAUUUGUCUUGGUCCAGUGUUAAACUUCAAAUGAAUCCUGGUGUUGAGAAUUCCGAUGGCAAUGGUAGCUUAGUUGAGGCUCUUCCGCCUGCUUCAGGGCACAGUAUGGUCAAAUGGGAUAAGAAACUCAUCGUGCUUGGUGGAAAUUUAAAACGAUCAUCUGAUAGAAUUUUGGUUCAUUGCAUUGAUCUUGAAACACACACAUGGAGUGUUAUGGAGACUACUGGAAACAUUCCGGUUGCUCGUGCUGGACAUUCAGCUACUCUUUUUGGUUCCAAAAUCAUGAUGUUUGGUGGAGAAGACAGUAGCAGAAAACUUCUAAAUGACAUCCACGUUCUUGAUUUAGAGGCGUUAACUUGGGAUGAGGUGGAGACAAAGCAAUCGCCGCCAGCUCCAAGAUUUGAUCAUACAGCAGCAUUGCAUGCAGAACACUACCUCCUAGUUUUUGGCGGUUGUUCUCAUUCAGCCUUUUUUCGUGAUCUUCAUGUACUGGAUUUUCAUACUAUGGAAUGGUCUCAGCCACAAUUACAGGGUGAUUUGGUGACUCCUAGGGCAGGCCAUGCUGGCAUAACCAUUGAUGAGAACUGGUAUAUAGUCGGUGGUGGUGAUAAUAAAAAUGGUUGCCCAGAGACAAUUGUGUUAAAUAUGUCCAAGCUUUCUUGGUUAGCUUUGAGAAGCGUAAAGCAAAGAGAACCCCUUGCUAGUGAGGGAAUCAGUAUUAGUUUGGCAACAAUUGAUCAAGAGAAAUAUCUGGUUGCUUUUGGCGGUUACAACGGAAAGUAUAACAAUGAGGUUUUUGUCAUGAGACCCAAACCGAGAGACUCAUCACGUCCCAAGAUAUUCCAGUCACCAGCAGCAGCGGCGGCAGCAGCCUCUGUUACUGCUGCAUAUGCCUUAGCCAAGACUGAAAAGCUAGACUUUUCCAUGAUAGAAGGUGUCUCUAAUGGUAGACACCAAAACCAUUCUCAACCAAAUGGCGCUAUUGAACUUAAGGCCAUUAGAGAAGAGAAAGCUAAGUUAGAACUAACACUUUCUGAAGUUCAAAGUGAAAAUUCCAAACUUAAACAAGAGAUUGAUGAAGUAAACAGCACCCAUGCAGAGCUGUCUAAGGAAUUACAGUCAGUGCAAUCCCAAUUAAUUGCCGAACGAUCGAGAUGCUUUAAAUUGGAGGCACAAAUAGCUGAACUACAAAAGAUGCUGGAGUCAAUGCAAUCCAUAGAGAAUGAGAUCCAUCUCCUAAGGGAGCAAAAAUCUGCCCUGGAGAAACAUAUGGAGGCUGCCUCAACAGUUCAAAGACAAGGUUCAGGUGGAGUGUGGCGGUGGAUCGCAGGCGGUAACAGCGGGUAGGCCUUGAAACACUGUUCGAUAACCCCACAUUGGCAACACGACCAAGCAGCCAAAAUUUUUGGUACCAGGCUCUUAAAUUUACCAAAGGCGACCGUUGAAUUUGGGUUAUGAGGUACGAAAGAUGAAGUUGUAUUGUUCUCUUUGGAAACUCUACAGGUAAUUUUAGACAUGUAUUCUUUUUUUCAAGAUUCUUAUUCUUUGAAGUUUAUCCUUUAAUUUUGUUUUUUGUUUUUUGCUUUUUGCUUUUUUGUCCUUUGUCAAUACUUCAUUGAAUGGGAGUGUUCAUCCUCAUUUGGGUAUCAUGGAAAUGGUUUCUUUUGUGAUUUUAUUUUGUAACACUCAGCAUUAUCGAAACUCUCUCAAUUGAUGACAAAGGCAUGGAAGUGGCUCUUUGUUUGAUUUCUCUUCCA